UGAUAUGGUGUUCCCUUAUCAAAGAAACUAUCAGCAGUCUACUGGCUGGCCUACUAUAAACGAUACAACAUGUCCUAAGGGCGAAUGGAAAUACGUGGAUAGGUGGGGAAAGAAACCUAAGGUUAACUGGAUAGCAAAUCUUACUGUCGGGUGGAUUCCAUUGCUUGCUAUUGCUACAUACUACUGCACUUAUCGCUGGAAUGUGAUAAGAGAAGAAGAGAGGGCAGUUUUAGCAGCACACUUCGCUCAAAACCCCAGUGACAGUGAACUCGAAGCCGAUAUAGACGAUAUCUAUCAAACUUACAAAAAGUCCACGUUAGCACAGAACUCUAAGGCAUCAAAGUUUAGAGAAUUCGUCAGCCAGUUCAAAACGCACAAGGAAAAGAUGGGUUAUACAAAGACAGAUAUAAUGAGGAUAUUCAAAGACGAUUGAUAGAAUCUGUGUACAUAACUACCUUGCGAUAAUGGGUUGAACCAUAUCGAAGGGAUUAUUGAUUAUAAUGAUAUCAAAAGGUCUGGACUGUUUAAAUCCGCCUACUAAUAAGUAUCCAGUGUCGUCCUGACAAAGACUCGACAGACAAUUGGCUUGGCAGUCGUUCCGUCAAUCGGAAAACCGGACGCUUGGAAGCUGUUCGGCAUUGUUGCACAAGAGAACAAGUCAAUUUUGAUAGUUUUUCAUGUUUUGUUAUUUGUGUAUAGUUUAUUUUUAAUUUAUUGAACUUUUU